AUGGCUCUUAUAACUGCUUCCAUCGUCAUUACAAUAUUUAUUGUGCACGUAAAUUCAGAACAAGAAAACAUUUCGCCAAAACUAGGAGUCAAGAACUUGAUCACAAAAGUAGUAAAGGAACAAAGCAAUAAAAUAAACGAACUGCUCAACAAAAUACAAACAAAUGCGCAAAAGGUGCUACAGAAGCUAAGAAAUUUAAAUCAGAACCCAGUAUUGAAUGGAUCACCGAAAAAGGCAUCAAUGGACCGGACAGGACGGGGAAAAAGUUUGGGUCCUCAACAGUUGCAAAUAGAAGCACCGAGUACGGCAUCUGAAAGGAGUUUUACUUCUCAUUACUCUCCGAGCUCCUACGGAGUUAGUACAUCCUACGGUACAGCAACAUAUCAUCACCAUUCUAUUGGCUUCGACCCUUUUAACAUCGUAUUGUCCAUGUCACUACUAUCGAUCCUAUUCCAAGCGUUACAAGGUUUACUGGCAAACACGAGACUCCCAACACCAGUCAUAGAAGCGAAAAGCCUGGACCCCGUCGAAAGCUUUGUAAAGAAACUGCGAGACAAGAAAAAGAAAGACGUAGAGAGGAUGUACGCGAAGAAGUAUUGGAAGAAGCACAAGAACCUGAUAGACUGA